GAAACAAAGAAGAAGAGGAUGCGAUACGACGGGAUGCAUCAGCACAGGAUGAAAUCAUAAAUUCCCUUUUCUGUCAACCACACACAACUUCUCUCUCGUCUCGAUAUAUACAUAAAUCCCCCACAGCUGUAUCUGCUUGAGAGUCUGCUUACUUCUUAAUUCACUUGGACCUGCAAUUCUGUGUUCAGAACAUAAAAAGGCAUCAAGAGGCACCACUCGGGAAAAUCUGAUUCUGCUCUCCCUCCGAACUCACCCGUUCCUUACCUACCUUACCUUUAAUAAACUAAAGAGGCCGCCGUUGACAACCUCACGCGAUCAUCUUUUUCUCUCUUUCCAAUAAUUUGCCAUUCAAUCCUUUGUUCUGCUUCUUCUGCUCCCUCUUCUUUUAAAUUCCGAUCUUCAAACCUGCCGAUUCUUCACAACAAUGACGCGAUUCAAGACAAAGUCUAAUGGCCUUGGUGUACAGGUUGAGGAUACUCAAAUCUGCGUGGUAAUGGUCGGUCUUCCUGCAAGAGGAAAAUCUCUCAUUGCCCAAAAAGCUCAGCGUUAUCUCAAAUGGUUAUCCAUCGAUGCUCAAGUUUUCAACGUCGGCAACUAUCGUCGAAAUGCCACCCCAAAUCCGACGGCCGAUUUCUUCGAUACAACAAAUACAGAGGGCGAACGAAUGCGUAAAGCUGCCGCGGAAGCUGCCGUCCAUGAUAUGAUCGACUGGUUCAAGAACAAACAAGGAAUUGUCGCCAUUCUCGAUGCUACAAAUAGUACAAAAGAGCGCCGAAGAUGGAUCAAAGACCGUUGUGAUGCGGAAGGAAUCGAGACCCUAUUCGUCGAAUCGAAAUGCGAUGAUGAAGAUUUGAUCAUGUCAAACAUUCUAGAAGUCAAGACGACAUCCCCAGACUACGCUGGCUCAGACCCGGAAAAGGCAGCUCAAGACUUUAGGAACAGGAUCAAGAACUACGAGAAGGUUUACGAGACAAUUGAUGACGAAGAGAGUGAUCUCACUUACCUGAAGAUCAUGAAUGUUGGAAAACAAGUCAUCAUCAAUCGAAUUCAAGACUAUCUUCAGAGUCGCGUGGUUUAUUACUUGAUGAAUUUACACAUUAAGCCGAGAUCGAUUUGGCUGUCACGCCAUGGAGAGUCUAUGUACAACCUCGAAGGAAAGAUUGGUGGUGAUGCCGAGUUAUCCCCUCGUGGAGAGAUGUAUGCCAAGAAGUUGCCUUCAUUGGUCCUUGAAUCAGUAGGAGACAAUCGCCCUUUGACUGUCUGGACUUCAACUCUUCGUCGCACUAUCGCCACUGCCCGCCACCUUCCUAAUGAGUAUAACCAGCUCCAAUGGAAAGCACUCGAUGAACUCAACUCUGGUGUUUGUGAUGGACUUACGUAUCAAGAUAUCAAAGAGCGAUAUCCGGAUGAUUUCGAGGCCCGUGACGAGGAUAAAUACAACUACAGAUAUCGUGGAGGAGAGUCUUAUCGCGAUGUUGUUAUUCGCCUUGAACCCAUUAUCAUGGAAUUGGAGCGAUCAGAGGAUAUUUUGAUUGUUACUCAUCAGGCUGUUCUUCGUUGUAUCUACGCUUAUUUCAUGAAGAAGCCUCAGGAUGAAUCACCAUGGAUGGCUGUACCUCUUCACACCCUUAUUAAGCUCACCCCACGUGCGUAUGGCACACAAGAAGUACGUUACGAUGCACAGAUUCCUGCUGUCAGUACUUGGCGUGGUAAGGGUAGUGUUGCAAAGCAUGAAGACCCUAUUCCUGCUUCGGAUAUUGCAACUAAAGUUGUGGCAAACAGUGAAUGAGUUUCCAAUAACGUGCCCUCGUUUACUUUCAGUUAUACAACCAAUAUUUUGAGCGGGCUAGCAAGUCUCAUCUACACUAUGAUUUUUGCCUAGGUUUUGAUGCAUAGCGAUUUGGCGUUACAUGAUUCGAUUUCCUCUUUGGACCUUUUGUUAUAAACGAAAAUGUCUACACAUUGUUUCGUCUUACCUUUAUUCGGGUUUUCUUGAUGUCAUGGUAGAUAUGGACUCAGAUAAAUGGAUGUUGUCUGGAGGGUCGGAGAUGGGGAUUUUGUCACAUUCGUGGUGAAAAUUCGAUUUCUCUUCGGAUUCGGAGACUUUUUCUUAUAUUGUGCUUUUGCAGGUUGAAAUGGGGUGGAUGCGAGGAUCGAUACGAUGACAAGUAGUGAUGGGGUACAAAUAGGAUGAGGUACAAAUAGGUUGAGGUACAAAUAGGUUGAGGAAGUUGCUCGAGCUCUGGGGAAACGAGAUACUACAGAGCCAGUUAUGGUUGAGCGCAGAGGAAGAAAGAUAUAGGAAGAAGUAUCACAGCUGUCUACAAAUAUGAUGAACCAUCAAGGCUUGUGAUUUGAAAGCCAGAGAGCUUUGAUAGCAAAAUACAUUACACAGUGGAGGAACUCGUAAUUGAUCCCUCCCUAUUCUACUAUUCCACUAGGUACUACAAUAUGGAGACAAAAGGAUAGAAUUAAAUCAUGUGGUCUGAAUAUACGAAGUACGCA